GUUCUUUUCCUGAUUUUGUGUAUUUUUCUCUCUCCUAAAUUUGUUUUAUCAAUUUGCGUAAUGCAUUUCUGCUGUAAAUGCUUCAUUUUUAGGUGUAGAAAAUAUUUAAGUUCUUACAUUUCGAUCGUGGGUGUGAAUUUUUGUUCUUUUAGGGUUUUGUAUCACCGAUUGAUCGUAUUGGAGCUUUAAUUUGAGUAAGAAUGGGUGAUCACCUGGUGUUGUGUGUUGACCGCUUCACAAAACCUGAAAGCUUGCAAUCACUGCAAGGGAAUGAGGCCCCAGGAUCUUCUUCAGAGGGUUCAUGCUCCCAAUCGGCCGAGCUACCCACUUGCGCCAUUGAUGUUAAGGGGGUAGGGGAGAAGGUUGUAACUGAAGAAGAAGAGCCACUGAUUCAGACGGUUGAAUGUCGCAUUUGCCAGGAAGAAGAUAGCGUUAAGAAUUUGGAAGUCCCCUGUGCUUGCAGUGGCAGCUUAAAAUUUGCUCAUAGAAAAUGUGUCCAGCGAUGGUGCAAUGAGAAGGGAGAUAUAACUUGUGAAAUUUGUCAUCAGCCAUACCAACCUGGUUAUACUGCCCCACCACCUCCGCCUCAGUCUGAAGAUACCACAAUUGACAUCAGUGAGGGUUGGACAAUCUCUGGUACCCCUUUGGAUUUGCGUGAUCCUCGACUAUUAGCAAUGGCAGCGGCUGAACGUCACUUUCUAGAGGCUGAAUAUGAUGAGUAUGCUGAUACAAAUGCUAGUGGAGCAGCUUUUUGCCGCUCUGCUGCUCUAAUUUUAAUGGCUCUCCUCCUCUUGAGGCAUGCUUUGACCCUCCCCAAUGGAGAUGGGGAUGAUGAUGAUGCUUCAACCUUCUUUUCUCUGUUCUUGCUCCGGGCCGCUGGUUUUCUUCUCCCAUGCUACAUUAUGGCUUGGGCCAUCAGCAUAUUACAACGUCGAAGGCAAAGACAGGAGGCAGCAGCACUUGCGGCAACUGAGGUUGCAUUUAUGCUGCAGGCAGGGCAACACCGGGGCUUGCAGUUCACAAUAGCUCCAGGACCUGCAGUGACUCCCCAUCAGGAGCCAAUUCAAUAAUACGGUGUUCCUCAAUUCUGGCAUGUACUAUUUUGGCGAAGAGGAUACAUUGGAGCUGGAAAUCUGAGUGUAUUGUUUCUGUUUAUGCUACUAGCAGUAGAGGAAAAUCAGAAGGCUGUAGCUUUCUGAUUGUCAUGUAUCUGUAAUCGAAUUAUUUUAAAUACUCGUACAAGUUCACUAUUUUCUUUACUAAUCUCUUUCUCAUGUUUUGUACAUAAUCUUGGUUCUCACAGCAGCAGUUCUGCUGCAUGAUAAACCAGUGUCGAAAGAGCUAUUGUUCACAGAUUAUAUUUGCAAACUAUCUUGAAUGCAUUUCUUCAGUUGCCUGCUAUU